AUGCCCCUUCCUCCGGCCGCACCUCGGGCGACUGGUGGCAGUGGGCUCGCCGGGCAUCCGCGGCCCUGGUUCUGCGCCGGCAGCGCAGGUCGUGGUAAGGUUGUGCUGUCGCUCACGCGCCGGGGAGGACGCCCGCGAGUCGGGACGGUGGUGGCAGCCUGUAGCGGUGGGUCUCGUCCUUCCAGGGCCUGCGGGCUCUGGAACGGGAAGUCUCCCCAGCGGGCAGCACUUGCUGUGGACUGGCUGCCCAUAGGCGAUUUGUGGCAGCCGAUUAUUUGGGUUUAUGAUGAUAAAGACUACAGGAGAAUUCGGUUUGUAGGUCGUCAGAAAGAGGUGAAUGAAAACUUUGCCAUUGAUUUGAUAGCAGAGCAGCCCGUGAGCGAGGUGGAGACUCGGGUGAUAGCGUGCGAUGGCGGCGGGGGAGCUCUUGGCCACCCAAAAGUGUAUAUAAACUUGGACAAAGAAACAAAAACCGGCACAUGCGGUUACUGUGGGCUCCAGUUCAGACAGCACCACCGCUAGAGCAUGUGGCACGCCGGGGGUCCCGCAGCAUCCCGUGAGCAUUUCUGCGGGGAAGCUGAGCGCGUGAAGCUCGCUGGUUCUGUGCGAAGGGUAUUCCUGGUGCUGAAUAAAGGGUGUUGCUGUCAAGGCUGACAA